AUAGAGUCUAUAUAUCUGUAUUCAGUAAAGCGAAAGUACUAAUAAAAGUUCCGAUAAAGUGUAUCUCGCAGUGAGUGGCUACUGUUGUUGAACCUUGUCCCGCCUCCAGUGUUCACGACACAGAGAGAGGAGGAGGAAUUUACCCGGUGUACGUGAUCCGCAACAAAAUGGCGAGGACUAUGGUUUUAUUUUAGCACUUUGACACUUUUAUACGCUUUACACUUUUAUUUUUUACACACAAGUACAAUCCGGUUACUUGUUAUUUGUUACAACAUGUGUAAUCGGACAGUUUGACUCCCAAGGUAAAUAUGAUCCGUGGUCUUGUGCGGAGAUGAAACGACUGCAGCUCUUUAUAUCAAUCAUUACUUCUAUGCAAAUAACAAUAAAGCCCUUCUUCCCACCGCAGUGAACAGAGCUUCGGCGAAACUUAAUCGACUCAAAGUCCUUUAACCUGUUACUAGUCUGAGGACUGGUUGAAGUUCAGCUCUGCGCUUAACCUUUCCCUCACAUUAAAUUACGCUUUGUCACUGCUACCACAGCGGGAUAAAGCCGUAAAGCGUUACGGCUUAUAAUUUAUACUUGUAUAUUCGUCGGAGUUGCAGAUACGUUGAUGCAGAUGCUCUUAAUUUACCACUUUAAGGAGAAAUAUCGGGGGAACAAAAACCUGAAGCUGAGAUCUGAUAUAGCGAUUUGAAUGAUGGAACCAGCAGCGAAACAGAAAGUGAUUUACAUCACGUACCUCAUCGCGGCGCUGGACAUCACCUGGCUCUUCCUCCAGUUCUCCAUAACUCCGUAUUUGGCGAGGAGGCUCGGGUUCGAUACUAUAUGGUUCGGGUAUCUGCAGACCACAGUUGGAGUAAUUCAGCUGCUUGGAGGCCCUAUUUAUGGAAGGUUUGCAGAUGUGUUCGGAGCACGCGCUGCUCUCUCUGUGUCUUGCUUGGCAUCAGUGGUUUAUUUCCUAUUGUUAACAGUGGCAGACAACACUUUUAUGCUUUUUGUGCACAAACUACCUGCUGUUUUCAUGCAUGGACUGCCAGGAGCUCAAAUGGUUGUUGCAGAUCUGUCAGAGAAUGAGAAGCGAGCAGAUGCUCUUGGGAAACUCGGCCUCUGCUUUGGCAUUGGCAUGAUCGCAGGAUCAUCACUGGGUGGGACCCUCAGCACACGCUUUGGGGAAAAGUUUGCAGCAUCUUUUGCGGCUGUUGGAAGUUUUGUUUCUUUGCUGUUGGUGUUGAACUUCAUCCCUAAACAGACCAAAAUACAAACCAUGCCAGAAAAGAAGGGAUCAUCAAAUUCCGUGUUUAAUGUGGGAGAGAUCACUAGACUGAUGAAGUUUCCAGGUGUUGCAAAGACUUUUACAGUGAAGAUUAUUUCUGGAUUACCAGCAGGUAUAUUUCAAGUUAUGUUCUCCAUCAUUGCCAUGAACUUCUUUCAACUGAAGGCAGAGCAGAAUGGCUAUCUGAUGGCUUACUUUGGCAUAGUACAAAUGGUAAUCCAGGGUGCUGUAAUUGGGCGUCUUACGUCUAGAUUUUCAGAGUAUUCUUUACUUCUGCUCUCUGUUGGGAUAUCCAGUUUAGUGGGCCUUGCACAGGCUAUGAUGACCAAUGUGUUUCAUUUCUGUUUAAUCGUAAUACCGAUGAUGUUUUCUCUAAGUGUCUUCAAUGUCAUCACAGAUAGCAUGUUGACCAAGAGUGUGUCUCCAUCUGAGACAGGAACCAUGCUGGGUCUGUGUGCGUCGGUGCAGUCUCUUUUGCGAACUGUGGGCCCAACCUUUGGAGGAUUCCUCUACGAGACAUACGGUGUGCCAUCCUUCGGAUACAUCCAGUGUGUCAUUAAUGCUGCUGUCUUUAGCCUUCUGCUAGCCACUGGAGGGCGCUCACAGCCACACAGACCAUAAAAAUUGUGAAAAGAGUUGUUUAUGACUGUCCUGUUCAUGAUGGCCACAUUGUAUGAGAGAGGGCAGUUUACAACAAACCAUGGGCAUUAAACUUACCUUCUCACACACUGGGGAAGGAUUUAGUCACAAAUAACUCAGCUGAUCUCAGGUUUGUUAAUACCACAAACAUUCUAAAUAUCUUAAGUUACUGUCAAGUUAUUCCACUUCAUAUCACAAGCUAGCUCAGGAUUGUUUCAUCUCUUAAAAAGGAGCUGGCAUGUGAAUGUCUACUGUAGGUCAGUACAAAGAAGCGCAGAAUGCUUUUAUCUUUGUGGCAUUAGGAUAGUUUCAAACAAUCCCAUAUUAUACGGAAAUUAUUCAUUAUAAUGAUGUUGCAGUUAUAAGACAUCAUGAAAAAGAACUAAAUUAAAAAGCCAUAAUUUUGUAUAUGAAACUCCACAAGUGAAUAUAUAUAUUUUUUUCUCCAUAUUUAUCUUGUUCGUCUGCCCUGCAACUCCUGCCAAGUUCUUCAAAAUCUCCCAAACUGUGAAAUUAAAUGUGCACAUUUUAUUUUGUGACACUGUUGUAAUGCUUUUUCACAUCUGCAGUGAAAUCUGUCCACUCUUUUCCAUGUUUAGCUUCACAGCACAUGCUUAUUAGUCCAGCUGCACUUGUUCACAUCACUGGUACACAGAUUCAGAAUUUUACUCUGUUCCUCACAACAAGGUGGAUUUAAGUUUCUAAAAAUAAUCUUUUAAGAAUGUUCUUUAUUAGGCAGACUUUAAGCAGAAUGCUCUUAACAGCUUCAGUUACCAUUCACUUUCGUUGCAUUAUUUUUUCAUAUAAUUAAAGUCAGUGAUGACCUCUAA